AUGAAUACAAUUCGUGGAAGAGGCCAGGGAGGAGGUGCAAUGCGGGAUUACCGCAGUGCUAUUGGAGUCAAGACAUCCGCAUCUCCAGCUCCGCCGUUUGGAGCGCUGCUGCAAACCAUCAUGAUUCAGGAACUCGGUUCGCAGACGGAUCCAAAGUACGAACAUUCGAAGAUCAGUGGCUGCAAGUACAUGGCAUCAUUCAACUGGCUGAAGAGCGAGAUGCCGACGAUCGUAAUGCCGGGUAUGCCUCCAAAGUGGACGCCAUUGAAGGAGCCUGAAGAACUCAAAGAAGACUCUGGAGAGUACUAUCGAGAUGUGAAUGCCGCCCACUAUUCGGACCAUCCCAUUGAACCAGCAGUGAGGGCAUUACUCGCUCAGAACGACAGCUUCCCGGUGGAAGGGGUUGACCUGUUUGCUUGUGGGAGCACCAUGGGUAACUUACUUGGGUUCGUUCGUGAUGACCACCGAGACUUCCGUUUUGUGGUUGAAAGUAUUGGAGAGACGACACUCUUCAUUCGCCGUCCAAACAGUCCGACUGAAAAGAUCCCCGAUGUCCGAGGGUAUGGUCACGCCUUCCCGGAAAAGUACACAACCUAUGACAAGGAAGUACAAGGUUCAGAUUCCCACCAGCGGCUGAUCAUGUAUGACUUUGCGGGUUUCCAAUGUAUCGUCCGAUCAGAAGUCGAUGGCUACUUUGCAGACGAAAGUGGGAAGCAGGAGCUGCCAAGCGGGAUACUCAACCUCCCAGACUUGGAAAGGCUGAGGAUGAAGAAUGGCGGCAUUCGUAUUCCACAAGAGGCCGUGUUUGAUAUCAAAACGCGAUCUGCGAGGCGGCCAGGUGAUUACCUCGCCAAGGAGAUGGGUCGGCUUUGGGUGAGGCAGAUUCCACACUUCGUCUUGGCCUACCAUGAGCGCGGUACGUUCAAAGACAUCAAGGUCCAGGAUAUUCGACGGGAAAUGGCGGCGUGGGAGAAGGACCAUGGGCGUGAAAUUGACAAGCUGGCCGUUUUAAUUGCCAAAAUCACGAGCAGAGCCAGAAGCAAGCCAGAUGAACGAUUCGAGGUUUGUUGUCAAGCUCCGGGCAUACUGGAGAUGCGCCAUGUUGGCGGUGUCUUCGAGCCGGCUCUGCCCGAUGACCUGCACAAGGUGUGGACAGCUCAUCUGUCAGAUUCGGAUGCUUCACAAGACGCGGGUUCGGGUGCAGAGGGCAGCGAAGACUUUGAAUCUGGCGACGAAGACGAUGAUGUUGACAAGGACUACACGCUUUGCAGCGGCGAGUGUGAGUAUUGCGGUCGCUGUAAGAAGUGA